AUGCACGGAUCGCAGUGCCAGGGAACCUUUGUCAGGUUGUGGCCUCCGAGAGAGGCGCUGGCACGGCGCGGCUGUUCUGGCUCAGGCCUGCUCGACCUGGGGCACUCGCUGCACGCUGUCAGGACACAAGAUUCGCCGAGGUUGCUCGAAGCAAUGGGCGGCGACGGCGACGCGCUCGACAACGACGCGAUCGUCGUCUGCGACGGGUGCUGCUGCUGCUACGACGGCUUCCUCUUCGGGGAUGGGUGCAUGGGGUGCAUGGCCAGCGAGACCAUGUGCUGCCUCGAGGUCGAGUACUGCUGCAAGCAAGGCGCGCCGACGCUCUGCUGCGUCUGCUGCGCGAUUCGCUGCGUCUCGCCCACCGUGUGCAUCAAGUCGCAGGGCCAGAUGUGCUGCCUUGCCGGGGCGGCCGCCAUCCCGUGCGACGAAGAGGUCCCUUGCCUGGUCGGCUCGUGCGGCAUCAUCUGCUAUCCUACGAUCGCCAUUUGCAAGACGCUGGGCGACAUCAAGGGCGGCGGCGGGGAUGGACCCCCGGCCGAGCAGGAGAGCGGGUCACCGGGGCCCGCGGUGCAUUGGUCGCUCAGGCCCAAUGGGGCCCUGCUGCGGCUUCUGGCAACGGCCCACUGGGGCCCGCGCCGUGACGAUACGCUGCGCUUCGGCUCCAGCGCCGCGCCUGCCGGCCUCGGAUGGCCAUGGAGCGCGCCCGCGCCCGGCCACAGCCCGGGCGAGAUGAUCGCCGAGCUCGCAGUGCUUCUUUUCGCAGCUGCCGGCUUCGCCCACGGGGUCGGGCUCGCCGCGCGGACCAGCUGGAACUGGCUGCGCGGGGUACAGCGCGACCGCCGCGUGGCGCGCAUGCGGGCGGCCCCAGACGCAGGGCGCAGCGAAGAGGUACUGAUUGAUCGGUGCUCCCAGGACAUGUCGGUGUACUCGGUGCACGGCCUGCCAUGGUGGAGUCCCGCGGUGGCCCGCGCCUAUGGGAUCCCAUGGACAGCGGCCGACGGAGAAGAGAGUCCGAUAUGGGCUCAGAUUGCCUUCGCCAUGCUGGGCCACUUCCUAGACGCAGUCGCGGCGGCCGCGCUGGCGAAGGCAGUGGUCCGAGUGGCUGCCCACGCGCAGCUGAAGAACCGCAAGUCCGUCCUGGGCGUGAUCUACGAUCAGGUGAACCAGGCGGCCCUCGCCCUCGACGAGGUGCUGCUCCGCCAGGCCGAGCGUGAGUACGAUUUCGAAGAGAAGGGCUUCCGCGGCGGCCCUGCCGCCCCGAGGUCGGGGGGGCAGCCGGGGCCGCGAGCGGGCUCCCGUGACGGUGCCGCGCCAGAGAGCCAGCCAGGCGCGGGCUCUGCGCGCCCACGCUCGGGCUGCCAGCUGCCGGGCCUGGGCCUCAGGUUGUGGCCUCCGAGAGAGGCGCUGGCACGGCGCGGCUGUUCUGGCUCAGGCCUGCUCGACCUGGGGCACUCGCUGCACGCUGUCAGGACACAAGAUUCGCCGAGGUUGCUCGAAGCAAUGGGCGGCGACGGCGACGCGCUCGACAACGACGCGAUCGUCGUCUGCGACGGGUGCUGCUGCUGCUACGACGGCUUCCUCUUCGGGGAUGGGUGCAUGGGGUGCAUGGCCAGCGAGACCAUGUGCUGCCUCGAGGUCGAGUACUGCUGCAAGCAAGGCGCGCCGACGCUCUGCUGCGUCUGCUGCGCGAUUCGCUGUGUCUCGCCCACCGUGUGCAUCAAGUCGCAGGGCCAGAUGUGCUGCCUUGCCGGGGCGGCCGCCAUCCCGUGCGACGAAGAGGUCCCUUGCCUGGUCGGCUCGUGCGGCAUCAUCUGCUAUCCUACGAUCGCCAUUUGCAAGACGCUGGGCGACAUCAAGGGCGGCGGCGGGGAUGGACCCCCGGCCGAGCAGGUGGGUUGA